GAGGGAAAAGGGGCAGACCAGGAUGGUGUGAAUAAGCCGUUUGUUUGUCCCUCCGUUGUCCUCCCUGGCCUUGCCUGGUGCUUGGUGCCUGGCAUCCAGGGUAAUUUCCUUUCAUAACCACCACUGCCAUCCUUGCAUUAGCAUUUUCACUGCCGUGAGGGCAACAUUCAAGUGUGUGUGUGUGGUUGUUCGCCUGCUCGCUACCGGCCUUAUUAUGCAGGGACUGGGCAAGACUGAGAGAGGAGAGCAGGGCCGAGACAUCGACCUGACAUCGCUGAGAUCCACCAUGCCGGCCAGCGGCCCUCUGCAGGUGUGAUGAUGGCUGCGGCCGUUUGGAUGAAGGUGGAGGGAACUGGAUGAUGAACUGGACGAUGGCCCAAUCAGACGGGUUGGGAGGCGGGGAGAACAAAGGAGUGCAGGGAGGCUCAACUUCUAACCUGAACAUGAACCUUUAUGCUACCAAGAAGACCGCAGCUGAAGGCAUGUUGGACAUCGCUUUGUUCCUGGCAAACAUCACACACAUGAAGACUGUCAUCGAACAGGGAGCUGGGUACAGGUACUACGCUGCUGUUCUGACGCUCAUUUCCUUCUCCCUGGCUCUUCAGAUAGUGGCCGGAAUCCUGAUCAUCAUAAUCGGCCGUCGCGACCUGAACAACUCAACUCUGCAGCAGCGCCUCGACUACCUGAACAACGUAACAACCAUCAUAGUCUUCAUCACCACGGCCCUCAACUUCUUUAUUAGCACCUUCGGCAUGCAGAGGACCGGACACUUCCCCUGGCUUAUGAUGCGCAUUCACUGAUGCACAACACACACAAUCUGACAACGACAUUACACUAAUAAACUGCACUACCACACACACACAUAGAAAAGCUAAAAGGAUUCAUAAAUAUAGUUGGUUUUCUUUUUUUGCAUAAUUCAACCUAACACACACCUGUUUAAACAGAACUGCUAAACAUUCCUUACAUGUUAAUAUCGGCUUAAAAAUGUAUGAAAAUGUUUGUUUUAUUUUGUCUCCUCAGUGUCUAAGUCUGGCCCAGCAGAGAUGCAUAUUUCAUUCUUAAAAUGACUCAAAAAAAGAGAUCAAAAUGGCAUAAAAGUUCUUCAGAAGUCCUUAAAUUUGUCCAGAAAGUCUUGAAAUCUGUCUGCAUUUUUUGUCUUUUAAACUGUGACACCUGGAUGGCUGUAAAACUGAUCUGGUUGCAGCUUCUAACAGAACUCAAAUGUGUUUUUCAUCCAUUAAAAAUGCCCCAAAUGACAUGUAAGUUGUCUGAAAUUGGAUGAAAAUUGUCAUAUAUUUCUCAAAAAUUGUUCACUGGUGACAAAAAAUUAAUCACAAAAUUAAUGAAAAUUGUCAAAAAAUACGUGAAAAUUAUUGAAAUGACUAAAAAAAAAUUCCAAAUACCUCAAAUUUGUCCAGAAUGUCUUGAAAUCUGUCUGCAUUUUUUGUCUUUUAGACUAGAUGUAAUCAGAAAGCUCACAUUUGUGUAAGGGAACGCAUACACAGCAGUGCAAAUUAGAUUUUUUGCACAUGAUAACCCCUCUAUUGCAUUAUACCUUCUCCCUUUUCAGUCUAUGCUGCCAUCUAGUGAAAAAAGUCAGGAUCACUGGCACAAAAUGAAUAAAUUCUAUCUCAAAUAUGAGAAAUAAUUGCUUUCUUUUGUUAUUAAAAUGAAUGCCAGGCAUUUCAUCAAGUCAUAAAGUCUUGUUUUAUUUGUCCCAUCACAAUACGGUCAGAAGUCACACAACCUGCUCUUCUACUUUGUUGCUUUAAUGGUCUGCUAAUUCCAAAAAAUAAAAUGCAAGGAGAAGUAUCUGCCAUGUAACAGCACACAUUAUCUUCUAUAUAAUUUCUACUUUAUACUGUUUGUUCCUGAUUUCUGUUUGGCCUCUGCUCUCUCUUCUUCCUAAUUUUCCAGGUCCCAGCAAUAAAUACAAACCUAAACAGCAGCCUGCUACAUUGUCCUCUGUAAUGUUUGAAUGAAGCAUCAAGAGGUCAUAAUGACGAGGCAGCAGUACGACAUUUUAAAGCUUUCAACAAACUUUAUGACACUUAAGUUCGAAAUUGGAUGCUGUAACAUUCCUGAACAACCAGUAAGUUUUAAUGUGUGCACAUACUGUUGGGGGAUCUCACUGCCUUGGAAGAUCAUUUCAAACUAUAAAACUUGCAAAAUUAGGCACAAAGCUUUAAAAAUAUGAUUGUUUAAGAUGUAUUCUAAUAAGAAUAACUCAUGCAAAAACAGUCUGGAGCUGGUGGUGGUAUUUUGGGUUGAUUUUGUUUCAUGAUAUUUUUGUGCCUUUGUGAUUACCAAAAUAAAUGUUGACAAAAACAAAGACAGAAAGACCACAACAAAAAUAAUAAAACAUAUAUAUUUUAUACCCAUUUUCCCACUGUUUUUAAAUGUGGUUUACCUGCAUUUUGGUUGAAUAAUUAGCAGAGUUAAAUUACCAACUUGAUGAAACAUGUUCAAUAGCUGAGGUUCCGGAGCAGGACCACACCUCAACAGUCCACUUCCUGUCAUAUGUCUAUACAUACUGCUCUGCCUUUCUCACUUGUUCCUUCAUGCUUCUUCUGCACAGAUCAACACAUACGCCAUCAAUUCGCCACACUGCCAGUCUGAAAGUUUUAGAAAACUCUGACUCAUCCAUCAGCCCUUUAUGAGGAAACAUUCAGCCUGGCUCCAGGUCUCCUCCACGCCGAUAAGCUUAAUCCACAAGGGCGCCUGGACAUGAAGAGAUCAGCGUCACUCCAGCCAUUAAACGUGCUGCUUGUCCUGAAGAAAGACUCCUCUCACUGUUCUCCAUGUGAUCAGACACUCCUCACCCGAUCCCAGUAACAACCAGGGAAGACCAAAACAUAACUGGGUCAUUCCAGAAUUGGAGAACAUUUGUAUUUCUGAUUACUUUAUGCUAUCUUCAUUUUUCCCUUCAAAAAUAAGGAGACUUCUAAGUGACCCCAAACUUUUGACCAGUAAUGUAUGUACAGUUACAUUAAGUACAUGAGAAAAGCUGAGUUGAUUUAACUAAACUCUUUUAUGUUUUACAGUGUAGGUCACAGAUUCUGUUUAGAGGGAAAUAAAGUGUGAGGGAAACUGGAUCCUGCUCUGUUUUAGUAAGUUUUUCCAGGAACAGGAGGAGGAGAUGGAGGCAUGGAUGAAGACUCAUUCCCAAGAAAUGAAACGACACGCCUAAAACGAAACCAAAGCGAAGGACAUCGUUUGUUUUCACUUGUCAACACAACAUCUGUGCAGACAUGGCCUCUGUUGACGUCCAUUGUGAAGAUCAGCCCUUGUGUUCAAUCUGUCAGGAUGCGUUCACUGAACCUGUCUCCACUCCAUGUGGACACAACUACUGUAAGGCCUGUAUCACCGGGUACUGGGACAGCAGCGCCCCGACACAGUGCCCCCUCUGUUUGCGAAGGUUCUCUAGGAGACCACAGCUGCAGGUCAACACAGCGUUCAGAGAUAUGGUGGAGCAAUUCAGUAGCUUGAUUAUGACAGGUGGAAAUGAGGUUCUUGUCAAACCAGGGGAGGUUCCCUGCGACGUCUGCCGCAGACUGAAGCUCAAAGCUCAAAAGACGUGUCUGGUGUGUUCAACCUCGUACUGCCAGACUCACCUGGAGCCUCAUCAGAGAGUUGAAAGGCUUAAAAGGCACAACCUGAUCAAUCCUGUAUCAAACCUGGACAAUAGAGUGUGUAAGAAGCAUCACAAGAUGUUGGAAUUCUUCUGUCACUUGGACCAGGAAUGCAUUUGUUUCACGUGCUUGAAAGACGACCAUGUGGCGCAUGAAGCUGUUCCUGUAGAGAAUGUGUUCAGAGAGAGGAAGGCCUGGCUCCAGAACGCAACGUCAGAGGUGGAAGUAGUGGAAAACGCUAAAUCCAGUAGUGUUCAGGGAAUCAAACACUCAGCUCAACGGAGGAAAGAAGACUCAGAGAGGGAGAUCGCAGACAUCGCUGAUCUUUUAGGCACUCUGGUGGGAACUUUGCUACAAAGGCAGAUCGAGCUGAUUUCAUUGAUCGAAGAGAAGCAGAAAGCAGCGGAGAAGCAAGCCGAAGACUUCAUAACACAACUGGAACAAGAGGUCGCUGAGCUGAGGAGGAAAAGAUCUGAAAUGGAGCAACUCUCGCAAUCAGAGGACCACCUGCACCUCCUGCAGAGUUGGCCGUCGCUCAACUUCCCCACACAUGCUGUGGACCCUCUAAACCCUCUGUCCCACUACAACCCUCCUUUUACACCAGACUUCUUGGACAUCGGUCAGCAGACAUAUGUGGGGAUGGUGAAAAAGUCUGUCGCUGAGAUGGAAAAAGCGCUCAGCAAUGAGAUGGAGAUGCUUAUUCAUGAGGUCAGGCUGUCUGAUGGCUGCGAGACUGCGAAACAGACUGAUGCAGCUGAAAAGCCAAAGACAGAUGGUUUUGUUCAGGAAUUGUGGAAUCCGCCUCAGGACAAGCUGAUGAUGAUCCAACAGUGCCACGCCGUGAAUGUGACUCUGGACGCCUACUCGGCCAAUUCCAAGCUUAUGGUGUCUGAGGACGGGAAACAACUGACGUUCCAGAAAAGCGGCCUAUUUUUCCCUGCUUUACUCGGACGAAAAUUUGAACGUCAGCCUUUUGUUAUUGCGACUGAUGGGUUUUCCUCAGGCAGGUUCUACUACGAGGUUCGGGUCAGUGGAAGCAAAUGCUGGCUCUUGGGAGUUGUCAAAGAGUCUAUUGACCGGUUGAUAAUGUCUGAUCCCUCACCUGAGGAGGGAGCCUGGACAUUUUCUGCAAGAUGCACCCAGUUUGAUGAGUUAUACCGCAUCAAUGCCAGCAACGGUCCUCCUCCUAACGUGAUGCAGAGGCCCCAGACAGUCGGCGUGUUUGUCGAUUAUGAGAAGGGAGAGAUUUCCUUCUAUGACGUGGACGCCAGGACUCUGCUGUACUCCUUCACAGGAUGCAGCUUCACUGAGACAACACCCACACUGAAAGCUUUUCUCUACUCUAUGGCAGGCUCUCCUGUAAGCAGUAGGCCGAAACUCUAUCCUUUUUUUGGAAUCUUUGAGGGUGAUCCCGACAACAUGCUCAUAAUCUCUCCUGUAAGUCGUGCGACAUAAGGUGUCACAUUUAGAGGGAGGAAGUAAGGUGCACAUUCUUUCAAAUGGGUUUCUCCUUUCAGAUUUUAAAUGUACAGCUCCGUUUGUUAAUAUGAAGACAUGAAUGUUAACCAAUAUAUAAUUCAGUGGAAGUAUUAAUAUCACCAAAAGCCAAUAAAACUCAGCACAAUACAAAAAUGUCCUUUUUAUUUCUGUUUUUGUAGCCACUUGGCCUGAGCAUGUCAAGAGGCACGAAAAAUGCAAGGUGGAUCAUUUAUAGAUAUACAUGUUGCAAUCCCUCUGUUUCAUCAGAAGGUGGCACCAUUGUUUAAAUAAAUGGUUCUUAAAUAAAUGAUCCUAGUCUGUAUCUGAGCAAAUCAAGGGGGCCAGAAAAAUGAAGAAGCAAACAAAUUGCGGACAGGCAUCGGGGGAAACCAACUACAUUUCAGAAUUUCAUUUUUGGCUUUUCAGACAUAAAUAAUAGUAGACUUGUAAGCAAGCAACUUUUUUCUUAUCCUUUUUGCAAUCUUUUUCAUCAGUUAUGUCUGUGAAUUUAAGGCAAUCAUUUGUGGAUGUAUCAUAUUUAAAAUAAAAAUAUUAAUUUAGAUGUAGUACAUGCUUACAAAUGCUUUGCUCAUGUGGAAACCUCCAGGAUCAUUUCUGAAGGCAAAUCUGGCAUGUUUGGUCAAAUCAUGCAUGUUAAAAAAUAGCUUCAAAAAUGGUUUAUGUAGCAUGAAACCAAUAUGUACUAAACUACUCAAUAAAAGUGCAUUUAUUGAAAAUCA